ACACCACAAACGCUUAAAUGUGGUUUUGUUUUUCCUUAGCUAUAUAGUAGAGGUUGUAGUUUAUGAGGACGUUGCAUGAGUUUGAAACACACACAAAAUGAAAGAUGGAGGAGGCUGCAUAUGAAAUUAUGCAGUAACAUGUUCCAUGACAUAUAUCCACCAUAAUCUUCCUCUUUCUUCUUCUCAUCACAUUUUUCAUUUUCUUCUAUGGUUCUUCAAUUUUAAUACAGACAUUUUGGUGGCUCUCCCAACUACUGUUUUUGAGCAGAUUCUGUGAGAAAUAGUAUUUCAGAAGAGGUGCCACUUUGAAGAAAAAAAUAUCAUCUAUGGAGCCACUUCCUGAAUCCCCCAUGGUAGAAUCCCCCGUGGUAAAAUCCCCCAUGGCAGAAUCCCUCGUGGUAGAAUCCCCCAGGGCAGAAUCCCCCGUGGUAAAAUCCCCCAUGGUAGAAUCCCUCGUGGUAGAAUCCCCCAGGGCAGAAUCCCCCGUGGCAGAAUCCUCCAUGGCCGAAUCCCUCGUGGUAAAGUCCCCCGUGGUAGAACCCCUCGUGGUAGAAUCCCCCGUGGCAGAAUCUCCCAUGGCAGAAUCCCCCGUGGUAAAAUCCGCUAUGGCAGAAUCCCCCAUGGCGGAAUCCCCCGUGGCAAAAUCUCCCAUGGCAGAAUCCCCCAUGACUGGUGAUGAACAUUCUCCAAAUUCUGAAUCUGUUAAAGGUAAGCAUGUCAUUGAUACAGCAGCACCUUUUGAAUCUGUCAAAGAUGCUGUGUUCAAAUUUGGAGGCAUAGUGGAUUGGAAAAACCGUAGAACGCAAAGCAUGUCAUCAAGUCUGGGUGAACAGAGAAGCAAGAUAGUAGUGCCUGAAUUUGGAAAAACAAACACAGCUGAGGAAUUGGAAAGUACUAAGAAACUCAUAGAAGAACUCAGACUCAACUUAGAAAGUGUAGAAAGAGAUGAGCUUCAAAUUAAAGAGGAAGCCGAGCUAGUGAUUCGCAAAAUCCAUGAGCUGGAGCAAGACAUAGCAGAGGAAGCCAGUUUCGAAGCCAAAGCGCAGCUUGAGGUUGAAAAAUCCAUGCAUAGUUCCGCGGUUCUGGAGUUGGAACUUAUGAAAAAUGAGUUGGACUCGUUAAGGAAUGAGUAUGACUAUGUGGUGAAUGGAAGGGAUAUAGCUCUCAACAAUGCUGAUGAGGCUGUUGCUGCAUCCAAGGAGAUUGAAAAAGCAGUUGAAGAUUUAACUGCUGAGUUAAUUGCAACAAAGGAGUCAUUGAAUUCUACUCGAACGGCGCACUUGGAAGCCGAGGAACAAACAUCAGGUGCCGUUGACGAAGAAACUCACAAAUAUAAACUUGAACUCAAACAAUCAGAAGAGGAGUUAGAUAUACUAAACCAACAAGUUUUAUCAGCAAGAAUUCUCAAAUCAAAAUUGGAAGCAUCUUCUUCUAUGUUGCUUGAUUUGAAAGCCGAAUUAGCAGCAUAUAUGGAAUCAAAAGUACUAGAAGAUGAAACCAAUGAAUUAAGAAAGAAGGAACUUGAAGAAGUGAAGAUGACCAUAGAGAAAGCAACUUCUGAGGUUAACAGCUUAAAAGAAGCUUCAAUAUUGCUUCAAUCAGAACUAGAAGAAGAAAAGUUGAUUCUCAACAAUCUUAAAGAAAGUGAAGAAAAAGCUUCUGCUAAAGUCACUGAACUUCAAGUUGAACUUGAGAAAUCUCAAUCAGCAAUAGCUUUUCUUCAAAUGAAAGAGAAUGAAACAAGAGAGAUCAUGGCUGAGUUGCCUAAGAAACUUCAAGCAGCAGCAGAAGAAGCCGAUGAAGCUAAAUCAUUUGCUCAAGCUGCUCAAGCAGAACUUAUUGAAGCACAAGAAGAAGCUGAACAAGCCAAAGCAAGUUUAGCUUCAUUCCAAAGUAAAUUACAAGCAACACAAAAGGAGAUAGGAGCUGCUAAAGUUUCUGAGAAGUUGGCUAAAGAUUCAAUCAAAGCAUUGGAGAGAAGUGAAUCAUGUAGAGUAAGCAACAAUAAUGAAGUUGAUACUUCCUCUCUUGUGACACUCACUUUAGACGAAUAUCAUGAACUCAGUAAGAGAACUCAAAAAGCUGAAGAACAAGCUAAUCUAAGGAUUCAAGCUGCAAAUUCAAUGAUUGAUAUGGCAAAGGAAUCUGAAAUGAGAAGCUUGGAUAAACUAGAAGAACUGAAUGAAGAGCUAUGUGUAAGAAGAGAAUCACUUAAGAUUGCAACUGAGAAUGCUGCGAAAGCUGCAGAUAGAAAAUCAGCCGUAGAACACGAGUUGAGAACAUGGAAAGCUGAACAAGAAGUACAGAGGAUAGCUGAUGAGGUUGAUGCCUCUACUGCUGCUGCCGCUGCUGCUGCUGCAAGUGUGCAUGUACAUGAAUCAACAAACUCCUCGAAGGGAAAAACUCCUUUAGAAAAUGAUCAUAACAAUGAAACUGGAUCAUCCUCAGCCUCAGAUGCAAAGAAAAAGAAGAAGAAGAAAUCAUUGUUUCCUUCAAAGGUUAUUAUGUUCUUUGCAAAAAGGAAAACACAUCCAAGCAAGUGAAUGUAAUUUUUCAGUUGAGAAAUAGUACACUAUAAUGAAAAAGUCAAUAUAAUGUGAGAGUUUGUAUUAAAUUAAAUUCUUUUGUUGCCAGAAAGAAAUAAGAUCAAUUUAUUGUAGUA